GGCGGCUGGUGCGCGCAGGCGCACAUCUGCUCCCAGGCAGCAUGGCGGAUGCAGUACCCCAACCCGUCAAGAGAAAGCGCGAAUGGGAUGCUGAGGAGGCGGGAGCCCCCAGCCCAGAGAAGAAGGACGGCGGCGUUGGAAAUGGGACCCUUGCUCCUGUCAGCUUGCCGUUCUCCGGCUUUAGACUACAAAAAGUGCUGAGGGAGUCUGCGCGGGACAAAAUCAUUUUCUUACAUGGGAAGGUGAAUGAGGCUUCUGGGGAUGGGGACGGAGAGGAUGCCGUUGUGAUCAUGGAAAAGACACCGUUUCAGGUGGACCAGGUGGCCCAGCUCCUGACCGGCAGCCCUGAACUCCAGUUACAGUUCUCCAAUGAUAUCUACAGCACCUAUCACCUGUUCCCUCCAAGGCAACUGAGUGACAUAAAGACGACCGUGGUCUACCCUGCCACAGAGAAACACCUUCAGAAGUACCUGCGCCAGGACUUGCACCUGGUCCGGGAGACAGGAGAGGACUACAAGAAUGUUACCUUACCCUACCUGGAGUCCCAGAGCCUCAGCAUUCAGUGGGUAUACAACAUUCUCGACAAGAAAGCUGAAGCCGACCGGAUUGUUUUUGAGAACCCAGAUCCCUCGGAUGGCUUUGUCCUCAUCCCCGACCUCAAGUGGAACCAACAGCAGCUUGAUGACCUGUACUUGAUCGCCAUCUGCCAUCGCCGGGGCAUCAAAUCACUUCGGGACCUGACUCCAGAGCACCUGCCACUGCUCAGGAAUAUCCUCCACGAAGGCCAGGCAGCCAUCCUGCAGCGCUACCAGGUGAAGGGGGACCGCCUGCGUGUGUAUCUGCACUACCUACCCUCCUACUACCACCUGCACGUGCACUUCACUGCCCUGGGCUUCGAAGCCCCCGGCUCGGGGGUGGAGCGAGCUCACCUGCUGGCUGAGGUGAUCGAGAACCUGGAAUGCAAUCCCAAGCACUAUCAGCAGCGCUCAUUGACCUUCACCCUCAGGGCCGACGACCCCCUACUCAAGCUCCUGCAGGAGGCCCAGCAGCACUGAGCCCUCGUGGGGGGAGAAGCACAGACAUGUGGGAUGUGGGCCAGGGGGAGGGUGGAUUUUUAUCUCCAAUGGGUUUUUUUUUUUUUUUUUUUAAAUGUGUU